UCACUUCCGUCUUUUUCUCCUCGCCAUUUUGGAUUGAAUUGUUGAUUUGGGCUGGGGGUUAGUUGGUAACAUUCGAGAGAGAAGGAUCGAUUGAUGAUUAUCGGAGUUUAUUGUAACAGUCCAAUGUGCCAUGUAUGCUUUCUAAUAUGCACUAGCAUGUAUCACAAAUAUUUUGGCUGUUAGAAAUUAAUCUAACGUAUUGCAGAUGGCACAGAGAUUCGGCUAGCUAGCUAAGCAGCAACACCGGCUUGGCGAGGACGAACAACAACUGCAUCAUUGAGUUGGAUUCAAUCGUUGGCCAGCUAGCGAGCUAACGUUACUUGUUAGCUAGCAUACGAUCUCAGUAAACCAUUUGGGCUCCCAGUUUUUGUGUGGUCGGGUUCGGAGACAUACCAGGUAAGUUUGGUUGGAGGAAACAAUCAACAUUUGUUUUAUAAUUAGCUAGCUACGCGGUAUGUGAGGCAACUGACGUUUAAAUAGUUAACAAACAUGCAUGGCUACCAAACGGCUGCGCUAGCUAGCUGGUCGAUUAGACGUUGGCUAACUACUGCAUGCUAGCCAGCUCGCUUUCUACUAAGCUUAACCCCAGACGUCAGCUAACAAGUAAGUUAAAUGGUAACUAGCAUCCAUUGUGUAUUUUCUUCCUCAGUCCCGCGUUAGUUAGCUGGCUUUUAUGCUUGCUAAAAACGAUGCCCUUUCACGGUAACAAUAGCUAGCUAUAUACUACCCAUGCUUUUCAGUGCACUACAUUUUGAAAAGAAUAGCUAGCUUUACUGUUAACAAUGUACCUAACUAGCUAGCUUAGCUACCGUAAAUUCAAAAGCCUACUUUGCAGGCACAACUAAGCCAAGUUAGCUAGCUAACUUAGCUAGAUAGUCGUCCCAAAAUCUUUGACUGAACGCUACCAUUACCACGUUUAGCUUGCUUUAAUCACGAUAUCACUACUUAGCAAGCUAGGCCCAUAGAUACAGGAAGCAAAUAGAUUUGUUGAAAAUAAAUCAUGUUGUGCCAGAACUGAAGUCCCAUCACUUGUGUGCCAUCCAUGCGGCUUUCUUGUGACUUAGCUAUGCAACUGCAAAGAAUCAUAACUAACAUUAUAGCUAAGGCAUCAGAGUGAUUCUUCACGAAACCUGGGCAUAAAAAAUACCAUGACUUUUUUUGGAAUUUUCAUGAAAUGUAAUCCAUAGAAUGGUCCUUUUCGGAGGAACGAUUGUUGACAUAUAUUUGACAUUGCAUCUAAAAGCGUAAUUGCGAAAUAAUUAAUACAAGUUGGUAUGUUAAUGAGGUUUUGGCCUUACCCAGGCCUCCUUUAAACCAGUUAAAUGUAACUGAAUGUAAUCGAAAAUGUCAUCUACGUUAUCCCCAAAAGUAAUUAUUUAUCAUGAGGGUCAUAAACAACAACUAGUAAUACUGCAUAUUCAAAGAAAGGUUAAAAUCUCACCUUUCUGGUAAAAAUUGCUGAGGUGUAGUCACUUUUGAGGACAGAAGCUCAAGUACCCAGUACAAAUAUGAUGAAAAUAUGAAAUAUUUAAUAAUGUAUUUCCUAUUCAACAAAACUGUAUGAAAAGGGCUUGAAAUGACUUAAAUGCUUUCUAAAUAUAGCAUAAUCAAAUUAUAAAACGACUAAGAUUUCACCUUCCUUAUAACUGUAAAAUGCAUAUUUGUAUGUUUAGUGUUAGACAAAAUGUGAAUCUUUUCUGGAGGUCUCUUGAUCAAAAUGUCUUCCCCCAUAGCUGUGAAUGUCUCACAGGGCUCUAGCAUGGCUUCCUGAACUCGUUAGGAAUUCGGCUUUCGUCUCAUUAAUCUUGUCCGUCUAUGACAAACAGAAAGGUUUUUUUGUUUAACAUGUAUGAAUUAUUUUAGAGUAGUGGGUGUAAAUUGACUUUUGAAUGUGCUACCGUGAUGAAACCACUCUCCCCUGCUGCACUAUGAUGUAAGGAUUGCAGUCAUGUGCUUUGUCGGUGGCUGUGAUGUAGGAUUCAACCAGGAGUUGAUGGACAGUCGAAAAAGCAAAUGAAAUGGUAGGAGGGACAUCCCAGCUUCAAGUGGUUUCAGAUUUCACAGGCUCAGAAAAAAAUACUACUGUGUCUGUGGGAACCAGGGCUAUCACUCGAUGCAAGCCAUUUCGAUCUAUGGUGUCCACAGAUCGAUUUAUAAUUGAAAAUGUUGGUCGGAACCGGUACCAGAAACACGCAGGUCCCUUACAUCUAAGAGGUUUUAAAGACUCCAUAGUGUUUCAUCUGUAGGCAGGGCCGGCUCUAGCUUUUUGGAGGCUCUAAUCGGGACUUUUUAAAAUAUAGUGUCCCCCCUCUUGACCACGGAGAUACAUUUUCGUUUGAAAGUUAAUUUACUGCAAUUCUACACAUUUUGCCAUGGGGCGUAGAGAAAUUGUUGCAGUUUUAAAGCACGUUUUCUGCAGUUCUACACAUUUUGCCAUGGGGGCGGUGAGAAAAUGUUUCCAUUUUAUAACACAUUUCAAGCAAUUCUACUCAUUUUGCCAUGGGGCAGAGAUACAUUUUUGCAGUUUUAAUCCUUAAGUCUAAGUAACAUUUAAAAAAAAAUCCCCAUCAAAAUCCGCCAGUUUAAGCUAGAGAUAUCAGGUUUUCCACCGCAUCCGCCUAUGUUGGUCUUCCGCAUCUGUAGUGUAAGGUGGCCGGGCUACAGCGGUGUUUGUCAGACCAUGAGACAUACCGAAAAUCGGUCUUCUCACAAAAAAGUCUGUAGGGUCUGAACGGUUUGGCCUAGAAACUGUUAUUAGCACAAUAUGGAAAGGGGAGACUCACGAACACAAUGGUGUUCUCAGUUUUGCACAACGACCCCCCCCCCCACAAGUCAAGUGUCACGGGACUACAGAUUUUGCCAUGACGUAUGCUAUGUUAAUGAUAUCUGAGAGAGAGUGACUAUCAAAUUCAAUGGGUGCCCCCUGGAGGUCAGCGCCCCUGGGCACUUGCUGUGCGUGCCCGGUCGGUAUUCGGCCAUGAUUAAUACAAGUUUAGAUAAGUUAGUCUAGCCAGUUACCAAUCAAUCUAAAACAUGCAUUGCCUACUAUGUGGGACAUAAGUUAUCAUUUUUAACUAGCAGAGAUCCCACUCUGGAACUUUGAUAUGCCUGUAGACAAGAUUGUAUUAUGUUCAACAAUUUAUAGAAUAUUUUCAAUAUUCAUAAAUUAAUGUAAGAAAAUUGAUAGACUGGUUAGCUGACAACGUCACAAACGCUGCGCACUAUUCAAUGUGGCAAAAGUCUGUGUGUUGUGAUUCUGGAUGGCCAGAUAGCUAGCAACAAUGACAUGAAGCUGCCAUGCAGGGAAUCGUAGGUAGCUCAUUUCAGCUAGUUUUAUCAUGUCUUGUUUUGACUGAUGUCAUGUCUAUGCUAAUAUGCCUCAAAUGUGCUUGCUAGCAGCUAACCAACAACUGUAACGAUGUAGGCCAUAUAGGUUUGACAUGAGUACUAAUAGAAUUCUCCCUGAUUUAUUCUUCUUGCAGACUAGAAAGAUGUAUCAGCUCCCUGUGAACAACCUCACUAGCAUACGAAGAGCAAGGAAACAGGUGAAGAAGGCACUUAGUGACAUUGGACUGGAGUACUGCAAGGAGCAAGCAGAGGUGAGCUUAAAUGUUUACCUAGAACUAAGGUUUUGUGGAAGUGUGUCUGUGACUUCCGUGAGUGUUUCAUUCAUAAUUUUGUAGUCACUUGUGCUCUCGAAAACAUUGUGGUGGUAGAAAUAAAUAGGCAUAUAAUCCAAUUUGACAAGAUCCAGCAUACAGCUCUGUGAUUUCUGAUCAAAAUGCUCUUCCCUCUCACAUAGGACCUCAAAGAAUUUUGCCCAGAUGAGAACUAUGUGAAGAAUACUGUCUGCCUGGAACUUUGUUCAUGGGAUCCGUCAUUCUCCAAAACACAGGUAAAUCACUCACACUAGGCAAUUUAAAAGAUUGGUUAUUAAAUUACCACUUAUUCUGGGGCUUGUAAUGAUUAUAGUGCUUCUUCUUUGUUUGUCACAAUCAUAAAUAAAACUAGCAUUGGAUGAGGGAGCAAUCAUUAAAAUGUUCUAACUGUUGUGAUAACAAAGAAAGAUAAAACAAAAAUGUGGUGCAGUGUCCCAUUCUCAAACUCUCAUGGGUAUUUGUGUGUCUUACAGGAGUACCGGUCAAAGCCUUUCUGCUGCACCGAGUGCCACUUCUCUUCCAAGUACUACUCAGGCUACAAGAACCACUUCCGAAAUGUCCACAGGAACAAUUUUGAGAGCCGCAUCCUGCUCAACUGCCCUUACUGCACCUUCACUGCGAGCAAGAAGACUAUGGAAACGCAUGUCAAGGUCUUCCACAUAUCCAGUGUGGUGCGUCAGGGUCUGGGCGCCUACCAGGGGGCUGCUGUGGGGGCAAAUAACAAGGUGGAGAGGGCAAUGUACUAUUGCAAGAAGUGUACCUACCGGGACCCUCUGUACAAUGUUGUGCGACGGCACAUCUACAGGGAGCACUUCCAGCAUGUGGUCUCACCCUAUGUUGCCAUGGUCUCAGAAACAUCAGUAAAAAAUGGGGCUAAUGCUGUCAAUGGUAACAACAUCCUCUGUAAGCGCUGUCAGUUCUCCACCCGUAGCUAUGAGGCGUUAGUGCAGCAUGUCAUUGAAUAUCAUGAGCGCAUUGGCUCUCAGGUGACAACCAUGAUUGGACAUGCUAAUGUUGUGGUGUCUAGACCCCAAAGCUAUGGGAUGGCCCAGAAGGGUUCUGUGGUGACUGGGGGUCGUACUCUGACGUCUGAACAGGUUAGCCAUAUGGUGGGGUCCCAUCAAAAGCAGGGGGCUUCUGGACUGAAGAAUAUGACCAGUCAGUCCUCUAUUGCUGGCCAGCGUUUGACCAUUCCUGGCCAUAGUGGGUUGGGAGAAGGCAGAUCCUCCUUAUCCAAUAACUUAACGUCACCCUCAGGAAAGCAGGUUUCUGGUGCUAACGCUAGUCUUACAUCCCAAACACAGAAGUGGAAGAUAUGCACGGUCUGCAAUGAGCUCUUCCCUGAAAACCUGUACAGUGCUCAUUUUGAGAAGGCACACAAGGCUAAGAAGGUAUGGGCAAUUGCGAAGUUCAUCAUGAAGAUCCACAACUUCACCAGUAAAUGUUUGCUUUGCAACCGAUAUCUGCCCAGUGACACAUUGCUUAACCACAUGCUGAUCCAUGGGCUCACCUGCUCACAGUGUCAUGCCAGCUUCAAUAAUGUGGAGAAAAUGCUGGAUCAUGUGGGGCAGGCUCACCCAGAUGACUUUGUUGGUCCUCCAGCUGCCUCCCCGCUUACCUUUGAGCUCACGAUUGGGCAGGCUAAGAACAAGAUCAUACAGCUUAUUGUUAUAACCUAUAACAUGAAGGAACCUGUAGCUACCCAGGAGCAGUCUAUGGCUUCCCAUGCUCAGAACAGCUUCCAAGCUUCAGUGAAGAGUCUGCCUUCAAAGAUGCCAGAAAGAAAGAAUGACAUGCUUGCCAGAAGUCAAGCCACUGUAUCUGGAAGCAAUGAGGUUGGCAAGACCCUAUGCCCACUGUGUUUCACCAUCCUGAAGGGUCCUAUCUCUGAUGCAUUGGCACAGCAUCUGAGGGAACGACACCAAGUGCUUCAGACGAUGCACCCUGUGGAGAAGAAGAUGACGUACAAGUGCAUCCACUGUUUGGGCGUCUACACCAGCAACAUGGUGGCCUCUACGAUCACUCUGCACCUUGUGCAGUGCCGAGCUGUGGGCAAGGCCCAGAAGGGCCCGGGACCAAAGUCUGCCUUAACACUUAACUCUUCUGGUGCAGGGUUCUUAAAGCGUCAGCUACCCACCCAAAGCAUGUCUGACUCCAAGAGGAUGAAGAUGAACAAUGAUGUUGGAUAUUACCCCAUGACCAUGGACAAGCCAGGGGAGGCUGUGGAUCUAGUGUUGGACCCAAGGAGCUAUGAGCACAAGACCUAUGAGGCACGAAAAGCCUUCCUCUCAGCCUAUUUCAAUCGUCGCCCCUAUCUAACCUCACAGGAAGAAGAGAAGCUGUCUGCAAGCCUGUGGCUCUGGAAGUCCGACAUUGCCAGUCACUUCGCUCACCAGAGGAGGUCAUGUGAGAGGGACUGUGAGACCAGGAAAUUGAAAGUGCUACUUGGCUUUGACAUGCAGGCACUCAAGGGACUGAAGCAUGACAUGGACUUUGAGGAGAAAACCAAGCUCACUGUCACCUCAGUGGAGAAAGCCUUUAAGUCUAGGCCGGCACUUAACACAGACCAAAGCAAACGAUGCGAGACAAUUAACUGUACCCUCAAGCUAAGUACUUACACAGAAGUGACAGAACCCAUAUCUAUUGACUCGUCUGAUAAUGAGUCAGAACAAGAGGACUGUUCCAUUGAGAAUGGGGAAGUUGACACACACAAAUCUGUGGAUGUCACAUCUUAAGAGAAAUCAAACCUGCCAGAAGAGAGAUCUCCAAGCAUUGAUGGGCCUUCAAGAGAGGAGAAGGUGCCUUGGCUUGGUAACAUGAGGCAUCAAAAUGAGAGCAGCCUAAAAGACCUGCAGU